AUGUUGCCACCAGCGUCACCAGACGAGUGCCGGGUGCUGGACGAGUUCGAACGGCUCCUGGUGGAAACGCGGCCCUCAGGCAGCUCGACUCUUGCGGAGGCGGAAGCGGAGCAGUCUCCAGACGCUGAGCAGAGGACGGCUCCCUGCCCAGACGACGACUGGGAACAUACAAUCGAAGCGGUUCUUGGUCAACUGCAGCAGACUGGUGUCGCUGAGAAGCUUCCGCUCGGUGUCGGCGACGAGGAUGUGCACAGGCCCGCCGACAGCUCCGCGCGUGCCGAGUCAACCGAGCAGCGCGAGGACGAGCGCGCUGAUGCUGAACUCGACGCAGCCCUCACCCAGUUUGUAACCGAACUGGGGGCUGUUCCCGGACCCACCGCAGCGGGAACGGGUGGCAAGGCAUCCACCUCGAAUGGGACAGGCGCGAGCGAAGCGAAUUACGCGGCUGGUAACGAAGUCGAGUCGCUGAUCAGCAACCUCGUGCAGACGAUUCUCUCGAAGGAUGUGCUGUACGCACCAAUGCUGGAAAUCAGAGGCCUCUACGAGUAUUAUCUGAACAAAGAGGAGUGCACAGCCGGCACCGAUGGCGAAGCUCAUCUGGCGCAAGCCGACCUGGAACGCUACCAAGCCCAGUAUACGUGCGUGAAUGAAAUCAUUACGUGUUUAGAAGACGAGAGUCUGUCACCCGGAAAGCAGACUGAAAUGCUCAUGGAUCUCAUAGCGCGGAUGGAGAGCAUGGGUGAUCCGCCACCGGGCGUGCUUGAGACCAUGAACGUGGCUCGAGAGCGCCAGAGUCACGAAGCUGCCCUGGAUCAGAGCCGCACGGACAACAACGCAGACCCCGAACAGGUUAUGGCGAUCCUGGAGAAACUUCUCCAAGAAGUAGCCGAAUCACCAAGCGAUGCUUCGGCAAUGGCGAAACUGCAGCGCGCUUUACAGGAUGCGCCACCAACUUCCAGCGAUUGCCGACAACAAUAG